CCGCCUCAAAAAAAGUGGCUGCAUGAGGCUUGUCUUCUUCACAUGACCUCCAAGGGGAUUAGUCAGCAAGCAUAAAACGCCAAUUCUGAAAACGUACAGAGCUUGCUUGGCCCUGUUGACUGGAAUGUAUGUUACACAAGGGUGUCGUACGGUUCGACUAGAUACACUACAUUAGCCGAUCACAGAUCCUCUUAAUCGAAAAUGGUCCAAAAGUACCUGGCCUGGGACAGACACAGGGCAACUCGUGCCGUGGAGCCGAGACGGGGGAUUAGAUUCUCCGUGUCUCCCAACAAGUCAAUUACGGCAUUGAUUAUGGCCUGGAAUAUGGGCCCUCCCAUAUCUGACAAUAACAUAUCAGGCAAAUCAAAGGCAAUAGGCGUCAAGCAAGGUCUCGCGGAUUAGGCAUCGCCAUGUCAGAGGAUGAUGAUGCUUUGGUGUGGAAGUGUCCCUGUCUGUUCCAAGCAGACCCAGAUAUAGCAGGGAUAGGAGUUAUAUGCUCAUUCGUGAUCGCGGCAGUCAUGGCAAACAUCAGUACCUGCCUCUAUCUAAUGCUUUUCCGUUGUGGUUGCUCGCCCCAAGAAGAGAUACAGUCGUUCCAUCGAUCCAUACGCUCGGAAGAUUUCAACCCAAUCGAUCGCUUUAUGCGGCACUAUAUGGAUACCAAGAUUUUAAGCUCCUGCCGCGAGGUAUCCUGGCUCGGGUCUCUACUUGACCGGCUCGAGCAGCCGCUUUCCGAACUGGUCCAGUCGCUAGCAGAUGUCCAGCUUGCAACCGGCAUAGCCAUGCUCACUGCCGCCAUUAUAAGAUUAAACCACGGCACAAUCACCGUGUACCAUUUCAAUACGGUGCUCAACCUGGCGUGGCUCAGUAGUAACGUGCAUCUUCUCGCUCUGCUCGUGAUCCGCACCAAGAUCCUGAAAAGCAUGAAGCAGGGCCAGCGGCCCUCGUAUCGUUCGCGCGGUGGUGGAUGGAAGAAGGCCGUUCAGGAAAGCCUAGGUGCGGGGCUUGAUGUCAUUAUUCGCGUUAGUGGCAUGCUAUUCCUGGCUGGACUGCUGCUUUAUGGCAGCUAUGUUUCCGGGGCUGAGGGUUGGUAUGACAACUACAAUUGCCCCGCUAGCUGCUCUUUGGGAAGAAGGAAAGCGGGGUCCCCUGAGAUUUGGAUGGUCGCGAAUUUCGUGUUGGUUCUCUGGGAAUACCCGCGUCGAUGUCUCAUGCUCUGGCCUUCGGCCUGGGAAAUAUGGCUCGAUCGGCUGAGACAUCGAGUUGUCGAUGAUAAAAGUAUUACUCGGCUAGCCGCAGGAACAAGCAAGCUCCCACUAUGGCGACGACUAUUCAACUGCGUUUGGUACGUCUUGGCAUCCGAAACAUUGGAUGUCCUCGUCGGUGGCAUUGUCUGGUUCAGUCUGGGCGUAUGGUGGAUUUAUUACGACAGAAACUAUAUGUACAGUGUUUCGCCUGCCGAAGAGAGCGAGAAAGAGAACAUUGUCGACGGGUUUGGACAGUUGGUUCCUCUUCUAGUGCUGGGAGUCCCCCUUCUCCAGGCAAUUCAUACUUACUGUGAGCAAUCAAGGGUAAAUGGACAACGUGCUGCGAUUGAGAAUAAAACUUGGGGAGAACCAGUAUGUUAUUAUUAAUAUCUUGUUAUCUGACAAGGACGAUGGUAGAUAGCGACCAUGUGAAAUGGCCGCGGCGAGGGCUUGCACGAGGAAUGAUGUCGAAGAGAGAACCUCUUCGAUGAAGUUGAUUCACAUAUCCUCUUUAUUAUUUUCUAGUUCACGCGGGAUUAGUCUAGCUUGUACCUCUAAAGUAGUGGGGACAGGCUCGUGCUUUAUCAUAUUUCAAGGGCUGAGAAGCCCCCCUUGGGACUCUUUACAGUCUAUAAUUUAGUAAGGUAAAUAGAAGUAGCUGUAAUGAUCCAAA